UGCUCUUGGGUGUUUGUGUUUAUUUUACUACUUCAAACUUCAUAGGAGGUUUCUUCGCAAUCUUUUGCUUCAACCAUCGAGUUUUGAAGGCGUAUAUUGCUUUUACAUAAAUAAGUUGAUAGCCAAACCGACCCGACUUCCGAUAAUCAAUUUGUUCCUCCAGUUUCACUACCAAUUUUAUUAAAAAUGAAGAAAAAGGUGCUUUUGAUGGGUAAAAGUGGAUCUGGUAAAACUAGUAUGAGGUCAAUAAUUUUUGCAAAUUACAUUGCCAGGGACACAAGACGACUAGGAGCAACUAUCGAUGUGGAACACUCUCAUGUGAGGUUCCUUGGCAACCUUGUUUUGAACCUAUGGGACUGUGGAGGACAAGAAGCUUUCAUGGAAAACUACUUUGCAUCACAGAGAGACAAUAUUUUCAGAAAUGUAGAAGUACUUAUUUAUGUUUUUGAUGUAGAAAGUAGAGAACUAGAGCGAGAUAUGCACUAUUACCAAUCAUGUCUGGAAGCUAUUUUACAAAACUCCCCUGAAGCAAAAAUAUUUUGUCUCAUUCACAAGAUGGACCUGGUUGCUGAAGAUCAAAGGGAUAUAAUUUUCAAAGAGAGAGAAUCUGAUCUGAAAAGACUUUCCAAACCAUUAGAUUGUACCUGUUUCAGAACAUCCAUAUGGGAUGAAACAUUAUAUAGAGCUUGGUCUAGUAUAGUGUACAUGCUUAUUCCAAAUGUUAAAGAACUGGAAAAUAGUUUACAGCAAUUUGCAGAUAUUGUAGAUGCAGAUGAGGUGUUGCUAUUUGAGAAAGCAACAUUUCUUGUCAUAUCACAUUGCCAACGUAAGCAUCACAGAGAUGUACAUAGAUUUGAAAAAGUCUCUAACAUUAUCAAGCAGUUUAAAUUAUCAUGCUCUAAGCUAGCUGCUCAGUUUCAGAGCAUGGAAGUUAGGAACUCUGCAUUUGCUGCAUACAUUGACAUGUUCACUAGUAAUACUUAUGUUAUGGUUUGUAUGUCUGAUCCACAGAUACCCUCAGAAGUUACUCUGAUCAACAUAAGGAAUGCAAGGAAGCAUUUUGAAAAAUUGGAGAAAGUGUCCAAUUCAGCUUCCAGUCUGGGGAGAUAGUUUUAAUAAUUUUAAUUUGUUCUUUCCUUUUUUAUGUGCCAAACUUGUUUUAGCUGACAUAUUAUCCUGUGAGAACCUUGUUAUAUAUUUUGAACCUCAUAUUCAAAAAAAACAAAGCUCAUUCAUAUCUUGAUCUCUGGAACCAGACAAAAACAUACCCAUUUUAUUGGUGUAUUAUAUGAAUCAUAUAAGUUAUCAGAAGAAUUUAAUAACAGUUUUUUCUUUUGAAAUUUCCUUAGUACUUUGUUUCUUCUAGUCUGUUAAUCUUUAGAGACACAAAAACUGAAAAAAGUUAGAAUCUUCAGAAUAGUAUAUUCAACCAAGUAAAAUAUACCUACUUGUAUUUUCCAAUACCUACAUAUUUCCACUAAUAUUAUGUAGUCAUAAGAAGGUAGGAACCAAAUAUGCCAGCAAUGUUCAUUAAUUUAAAUAGUUUUCAUUUUCGCUAGGUAUACUAUUUCAAUAACAGCAAAAAAAGUAUCUUUCUAUAUUUUGGCACUAAAGUUGUAUAUAUCUGUUUAUUAUUAUUAUUAUUUGCUCAUAUCAUCAUAAUGUAUUUUUAUAUGUAAAAAUAUGUCUAUAGAUAUAAAAUACAUACAUAUAAGUUAUAAAAUUAAUUAUUUAAAAAUUGUUGAGUAUAUGUAAGUAUACAAUUUGUUAAUCAGGAUAAAUGAUUCUAUAACCCUGAAUGAUUUUGAACAAUAAAAUUCUAACAUUGUAUCUGAAAAAUUUACCUGGUGAAAUUGAAAUCUUAUCUGCAAAAAUAAGGAUGGUGAUCAAUUUCAACAAUGUUAGUUUGUAUACCUGUGUGUUUAAACAGUGAUGUUAUUAUGUAUUUGUUUGAUGAAAAUCCCUGUAAUAUUCCUCAAUCCAAAUAAAAUCGAUUAACAUAUUACAG